GACGACGACGACGACGACGACGACGACGACGACGACGACGACGACGACGAGGACGAGGAGGAGGACGAGGAGGAGGACGAGGAGUGA